GAUUUCCCUUUAAAUAAACACAAUUGAAUAAAUAUGUCCGUCAAAAUAACAAACGUACUUCUGCUGGAUAAUGUAGAUCCUUCAGCAAAGAAAGUUCUGGAAGAAAAUGGAAUUAAAGCAACUUUAAGUAAGGAGAAGUUCACACCAGAUGCUUUGAUUAAGGAACUACAGCAAUAUGAUGGCGUUGUGGUUCGUUCUGCCACAAAGAUCACGUCAGAAAUCAUCGAAAAUUGUCCCAAACUUUCGAUAAUCGGACGAGCAGGCACGGGGGUCGAUAACGUUGAUGUUAAAUUUGCUACUAAGAAAGGAGUUAUUGUUAUGAACACUCCCGGUGGCAACACACUCAGCGCAGCGGAACACACGUGCACGUUGGUUUGUUGUCUCGCACGAAACGUACCAGCUGCUGAUGCUUCGGUCAAAGCUGGGAAAUGGGAUCGAAAAGCUUUCAUGGGUCACGAGUUGUUCGGGAAAACUCUCGGCAUUGUUGGACUUGGUAGAAUAGGAAGGGAAGCGGCUACGAGGAUGCAAAGCUUUGGCAUGACGACGAUAGGUUUUGAUCCAAUUGUUUCAAAAGAAGAAGCUGCCAAGUCUAAUAUUGAAUGGAUGACGUUGGAUGAGAUGUGGCCGUUAUGUGAUUACAUCACCGUGCAUACACCUCUUAUACCACAAACUAAAGGUUUGUUGAACGACACAUCGUUUGCAAAAUGCAAGAAAGGUGUCCGUGUUAUAAACUGUGCGCGGGGAGGAAUUAUUGAUGAAGAAGCUCUCUUGAGGGCGCUAGAGAGUGGUCAGUGUGGGGGAGCAGGGUUGGAUGUCUAUGUUGAAGAACCUCCAACCAACAUUGCUCUUGUGCGCCACCCCAAGGUUAUUUCAUGUCCCCACUUGGGAGCGAGCACAACUGAAGCUCAAACACGUUGUGGAAGAGAAAUUGCCGAACAAUUUGUCAACGUGUCAAAAGGAACCGAUUUCUUUGGCGUUUUGAACGCACCUGCUCUCUCACAAGCUGCGUCCACGGAUAUGAAACCUUGGAUCUCCGUGGCAACCAACCUCGGCAAAGUUGUUCAAGCUUUCAUGAAGAAUACAGCAGUGACAACUCUUUAUACACAAGGUGCUAACCUUUCCAAAAGUGGUAAAUGUUUGGAAGCUGCUUUAUGCGCUGGUUUGUUGUGCUCUAACUCCUCUAGUGUCAAUCUAAUCAACGCAGCUUCAAUAUCGUCCGAUCUUGGAGUGAAUGUAACUGUGAAGCAAGAUGAAGUUAAACCUGGUUCCAAACAUUCUUAUUGUAGAUUGGAAGCAAAAUGUGAAACAAUGACAUUAAGCCUCCUAGGCAUGGUAUUCGAACACACACCACUGCUGGUAUCAAUAAACAACCAGCCAUUAUCACCAGCUUUACAAUUCAAUGAUAAUUUGUUGAUAUAUAAAGGCGAACCAUCAUCACUACCAAACACAAUUGGCGUGCUCAGUCAAUCUGGUGAAGUGAAGUCACUUUCAAGCACAUCUGUACAGGGUGGAUCUCGUUGGUUUGCCAUUACAACAGCACAAGCUGUAUCGAAAGACGCAAUCAGCAAAAUCUACUCUGAAAACGUUGCAUCAAUAAGCUUUUAAAAAACUGUAGCAAAUUUACAAAACAUGUCUUCAAUCUGCAUUGUCAACAAUUGCCUUAUUAGUUAAUUAGUGAAUUUUGAAGUUUCGUGUUAAAUCCUGUAAGUUUCCACUGUUCAGCUUUUGAAACCAUUUUGGUGCUCGAAAAUUUAAGUCACUCCAUAAGAAUGUCAUAUACGCUGUAAUUUUGCUUGGAAUUGUAUCAUUGUACUCAAAAAUUAGAUGAAUAAAACUUGAAA